AUGUGUGUUUGUAUUUGUCUGCCCAGAAGUGAUGGGGCUCGAACUAGACAGCGUGACGAUGGUCUUUUGCGGGCAGAGCAAAUUGGAAACGGCUAUUUCGUGUCUGCUCGUGGUUUCCGUAAGAAUGGUGAACAACGUCUAUCGAAUCGACCAACCGUUCCGCCAUUGGUUGGUAGGGCAAGCUCGAUGACGUACGAUUCUUCGAGUCCGUCACCAAGGCCCGGCAUACAUUCAGGCCAGCCAGUCUGCUCUGAAUGGACGCUGACAAUUGAUCAGCAAUUGUGA